AUGGUGUACCAAAAGCUUGCCGCAGCCAAUCCAUCCCUUCCACACCUGAAAAAGAGCGAAAAUGGCAUCCAGCUCAUUGUCAAGGGCAAGCCCUUUCUCAUGCUCUCGGGAGAGCUUCACAACUCCUCCCUGAGCUCGGCCAAGUUCAUGUCCGAGGUGUGGCCGGCCAUGAAGGCGCAAUCCAUCAAUACGCUCGUGGGCUCCGUCUCGUGGGAAAUGAUCGAGCCAGAGGAGGGCAAAUUCGACUUUUCGGAACUGGACAAGGUCCUCGAGGGCGCCCGCCAGCAUUCCAUGCAUCUGGUGCUCCUGUGGUUUGGUACCUACAAGAAUGGCAUCUCCACCUACGUGCCCGGCUGGGUAAAGAAAGAUGCGAAGCGCUUCCCCAGAGUGCACGUCUUGGAAGCGGGCGGCGUCAAGCGUACGGUGGAGAUGGUAUCCCCAUUGUCCGAGGAAGGCUGCACGGCAGACUCGAAAGCCCUGGCCGCGCUCAUGGGCCACCUCAAGAAAGUUGAUUCAGAGGACAACACGGUGCUCAUGGUGCAAGUCGAAAACGAGACUGGCCUCCUGGGCGACUCGAGGGAUCGCUCUCGAAUGGCUGAAGAAGCGUUCAAGCAGCCAGUCCCGAAAGACCUCUUGAAAUACUUGACCACGACGGAAUUACAUCCUCGAUUCAAGGAGCGAUUUGCAGACAAGCUCGCCGCAGUCAAGGACAUUGAAAACGGAUCCUACUCAUGGCAAGACAUUUUCGGUGCCGGCAUCCCAGCCAAUGAAGCCUUCAUGGCCCACCACAUUUCGACAUACGUCGGCAAGGUCGCGGCCGCCGCCAAGGCCGUCUACGACAUCCCCCUGUACGCCAACACGUGGCUCAACUUUGACGACCCCUCGGCCCUCGACCUGACGGACGUCCCCGUCGUCGUGGGCGGCGGCGCCGAGGCCGGCAUCUACCCGUCGGGCGGCCCUUGUCCGCACGUGCAGGACAUUUGGCGCCACAACGCGCCCGCGCUCGAUUUCCUGGCCCCCGACUUGUAUUUUCACGGCUACGAGGGCGUGUGCCGGGACUACACGGCCCACGACGAUAACCCGCUCUUCAUUCCCGAGCAGCGCCGUGACGAGAGCGGUGCCCGUCGGGUCUGGCUCGCCUACGCCACGUAUGGCGCCUUGGGCACCUGUCCCUUUGGCAUCGAUACGGGCGCCGAGAUCGUGGGCCGCGAGUACAAGCUGCUAGACCAGACCAAGGAUUACCUACUCAACAGCCGCCCCGAGCAGCGCAUGGGUUUCUUCUUUGACGAGCUCCCGGCUUCGGGCCCACCCAAGGGCCAAGAGAAAUGGACCAAAGUCUUUGGCGAUGUCGAGGUCAUUAUUGAGAGGGCCUUUGUAUUUGGCAAGGCGGGCCCCGGUGCCGGCAUGGUGAUUCAGCUCGGAGAUGCCAAGUCUGCACGCUUUCUAGUCGUUGGUCGAGGCUUCAAUAUUCAUUUCAAGAGUCGGGUCAAGGGCGCAACUUUUACGGGUAUACUAGACGCACGCGAGAAAGAGUACGAUGCCGAGACAAAUUCUUUCAAUACCCUGCGUGUCUUUAAUGGUGAUGAGACAAGGAGCGGUGAGUUUCUCAUCAUGCCCAACGAUGACCCCGAUUAUGGUGGGUUCCCAAUCGCAGUGACUAUUCCAGCUCGGACGUGUAUUGCAGAGGUAGAAGCUUACUGGUUGUGCGAGGACGAGGCGGACCUCUAG